AAUCAGUUGGGAGGGACGAUUGCCUUCUUUUAAACGAGAAAAGGGAUGUCGAUUUCCAAUCUGUCAGUAUAAAAGCUACUCACUGCUCCUCGUCUUCGAUCGUUCCUCUUCCCCUUGAUCGCUGUCUUCGACAAAGGUUUAUCGAAGAUGGCCGACGAGGAUAUCCAACCUCUCGUCUGUGACAAUGGAACUGGGAUGGUCAAGGCUGGAUUUGCUGGUGAUGAUGCACCCAGGGCUGUAUUCCCCAGUAUUGUUGGCAGACCUCGCCAUACUGGUGUUAUGGUUGGGAUGGGCCAAAAAGAUGCUUAUGUCGGUGAUGAGGCCCAGUCUAAAAGAGGGAUCCUCACCUUGAAGUAUCCAAUCGAGCAUGGAAUUGUUAGCAACUGGGAUGACAUGGAAAAGAUAUGGCAUCAUACCUUCUACAACGAGCUCCGUGUGGCUCCCGAGGAGCACCCGGUACUUCUAACUGAAGCUCCUCUUAACCCCAAGGCAAACAGAGAGAAAAUGACCCAGAUUAUGUUUGAAACUUUUAAUGUGCCUGCCAUGUACGUUGCGAUCCAGGCAGUUCUUUCCCUCUAUGCUAGUGGCCGCACCACUGGUAUUGUGCUCGACUCUGGUGAUGGUGUCAGCCAUACUGUUCCGAUUUAUGAGGGAUAUGCACUACCUCAUGCCAUUCUUCGUUUGGAUCUCGCCGGUCGUGAUCUCACAGACUCCCUCAUGAAGAUCCUUACUGAGAGAGGCUAUUCAUUCACUACUACUGCAGAACGGGAAAUUGUGAGGGACAUAAAAGAGAAGCUUGCAUACGUUGCCCUUGAUUACGAGCAGGAGCUGGAGACUGCCAAGACUAGCUCAGGUGUGGAGAAGAGCUAUGAACUCCCAGAUGGGCAGGUCAUUACUAUUGGCGCCGAGAGAUUUAGGUGUCCAGAGGUCCUCUUCCAGCCAUCACUUAUAGGCAUGGAAGCCGCUGGAAUUCACGAGACCACAUAUAACUCGAUUAUGAAAUGUGAUGUCGAUAUCAGGAAAGAUUUGUAUGGCAACAUUGUGCUCAGUGGUGGAUCAACCAUGUUUCCUGGUAUUGCUGAUCGUAUGAGCAAGGAAAUCACUGCUCUUGCCCCAAGCAGCAUGAAGAUUAAGGUAGUUGCCCCGCCAGAGCGUAAAUACAGUGUUUGGAUUGGAGGAUCCAUCCUUGCCUCUCUUAGCACUUUCCAGCAGAUGUGGAUUUCAAAGGAAGAGUACGAGGAGUCUGGUCCAGCAAUUGUCCACCGAAAAUGCUUCUGAGCUUCCGUGUCUGGCGCGUCGCUUGCCUGUACUUCAGGCAGAUCUCAAGGCCCGUGUAUCCGUGGCUCGAUCUGGAUUAGUAGAUUUGGUGAAGGUUGUCAGAUUUGCUUGUGAGAUUCCUGUCUGUUUCGAGUCUGGGCUAACAGAAGCCCUCUUGUUAGAUGAUGUCUUGAGCAUAGGCAACAUCAGUAUUUGCAGUUGGUGCCGCCAAGAUCCUCUUCUGGUCUGUGUUCACUUUAGUUUGGAUGAGGCUCGGGCUUGUGACCUUUUCUUUCGGUUUACCUGGUACGGUUUGGUGUUUUCUUAUAGUAAACUAUUGUACGAAUUUGUAAGAUUGGAGGGUUUCAAAGGGACUUUGUAGUUCCGUUGGUUUUUA